GCACAGGAGUCAGAGCGUAUGACCGCGCCAUGAUAUCAUUGAGAUGUACAGGAUCAGGGACAUGAUGGGACGUAUAUAAUUUUUGGUGCCACUGAGAAGCUUCGCGGGAAGCACAAGAACAAUUACACCGUUCACACCAAUCGACAGAAAAUCAACAUCGAUUCGUUCCCUCUUCGCCACAAUCCUCUUUGAAGUGUAGGUCUAGAUAUGUGACACAAGUUGGACACUACAAUUUCGUUGCGUCACUAAAGCACAUACUAGAGAAUCUUUUGCCUCCCUUUCCGAUCACUAUGGGAAUCGGCAAAGCAAUAUGUCAUUUAUAAUUUAGGGGCGAUCUCCAUCAAUGGUUAACGUCACUCCACUUUGAAACACUUCACUUUACAGAGUUGGGUCUAUCCUGCGAUGAUGGAAGACAUAAUUCGACUUUUUAUGCCGCGCAUACGCCAGCAUCUAACAGUGAGCGACCUCGCCAAGCUGGCCCGCGUGUCGCAUGAGUUGAACGAUCUGGCCACACCGUACCUCUACCAUACAAUGCACUUCCAUAGCCCAGGGCGCAUCAAGCCGGAUGACCAGCUGUUGUUGCAACUGGAUAUCAUCGGGGAUCUCCGAUUUGACAAACUCGUAUAUACAAAACGCGUGGUCGUGUCAGGAUCAUGGUACCAGACUUAUGCGGCGAUUGACUCGGAGCUUGGGGAGCACCAAAUGCUCUCUCCAGCAGCUCGAAUGUUCAGCAACAUUAUCAGCAAUUGCAUUUUAAGGAUGCCUAAUUUAGAGGAGUUCAUCUGGGACAUGCAAGUUUCACUGACACAGGUCUUGCUGACGACCGUCAUGCUGCGGCCGAGGCUGCAGUGCUUGCGAAUCUGUAUGGGUACCAACUGCACCCCGAAGCCGUUCUUUCGCCCAACCUUGAACCUCCACACAGCAGUUAAGUUGAGGGUAAUGCACCUCACCCAAGUCGAUAACGUCUCAGUUUUACAAUCGUUAGGUGUGGCUCUGAAGAAUGCUACACAACUCGAGCGCCUUUCAAUAUGGGCUGAUGACCGUUCCGAGCUAAGCAUUAGCAGUCUCUUGGAGAAGUGGCAAACGCCUGCUCCGUUUCUAUUGCGCUCUUUAGACCUCCGUGGGUUUUCCGAUAUAGGAAUCCCAGCGAAAAACUUGUGGGCAGCAAUCCCACCGAUCAAACUGAGAGAUCUGACGCUAGAACUUGGGCCGAGGCUCCUGACGCAGGACUCAACAGAGUUCUGGGACGCGUCCGUUGAAGCUGAACUGCGUCCGCUUCGGUUGAGGGUAAACUUGGGUGUCAAGGGCAUCCAAGACUUCAUUUCGUCUUUCAGUGGUUUGGAAGCAUUCCAUCUUGUCCCAUCUGACACACUACGACCGAUGGAGCCAAUAUGCAGUCUUGUUGAUGCUCUCAGAAGGCAUCAUUCCUCUACUUUGAGGGUUCUGGGCCUGAGCCCAUUUUUGGAUUGGCCCAGUUAUGUACUAGAUGUACCAGAUAUCAAGUACUUGGUGGGGGCGUUGCCAGAUAUCGAAGAACUCCGCUUGAGCCAAGCGAACCUGAAUCGAGAAUUAAUGCAGAUCGCACUGUUGUUGCCCCGUUUACGUGUGGUUCAGAUUGAUCUAGUCCACGAAGACCCGGCUACAGAGUAUAUCUUUCUGGACUUCAUCGUUUAUCUAUUACGCAAGGGCUAUGCCCGGAAUCUUACCUAUGUAGCCUUUGACGAUACUACCGUGCGUGAAAUACGCCGAAAUCCGAUACGGCUUUCCGACAAAGCCUCUCGGGUUGGAUAUGUUGGUGGCACGGUACUUUUGGAUGAAGAAGUCUACGACUGGGUCAGAACAUCCUUCUAAGGUUGAAAAAAGUACGACGACAUCAAUCAUUCAGCAGGAAGCCACCCCUGAGGAUGUCAAGAUAUCUGCGGACUUCUCUCGCUGACUUUUC